CUAUCAAGGGUAGGAUGAAGUAUGAGGAUCAAGAUCGAGGGCGAGGAAUGUGAUGUUUUGAGACAGACGCCGUAGUGCUGACGAGUGAGAGGGUUGUUCGUGUUUCCCACCACUAUGGCACGAGAGGGAGCAUUAUGGAUGGGCGAUCUUGCUGAUUAUAUGGACGAAAACUUCAUCAUAGCAGCCUUCAGAGCCUUGGGUGAAGAAAAUGUCCAGAAUGUGAAGGUGAUGAAGAACAGGUACACUGGCCAUCCUGCAGGAUACUGCUUUGUCAACUUUUCUUCAGACCAGGCAGCCCUUACUGCUAUGCACAAGCUCAAUGGCAAAGUCAUUCCUCAUAGCCAACCACCAGUUAGAUUCAAAUUGAACCACAGCAGCACAAGAGGAAAUAAUACAGACAAGGAGUAUUCUCUCUGGGUUGGAGAUCUUACACCAGAUGUUGAUGAUUUUGCCCUCUACAAGACAUUUGGUAGCAGAUAUAACAGUAUAAAGACAGCAAAAGUAAUCUAUGACCCAAAUGGACAGAGCAAAGGCUUUGCUUUUGUAAGAUUCUACUCUGAGGAAGAAUAUAAAGAUGCUCUCACUCACAUGAAUGGUUUCAAAGGUUUGGGACAGAAACCACUGAAAGUGAGCUAUGCUGUCCCCAAGAAGCAACACUACCCUGGAAUGAACCACAUGGGUGGAGAUUUACAGUCAGUAUUAUGAACAGUACUGGAAUUAUGGCAGCAUGGCAGAACUAUGGAAGUUAUUAUGAACCAUAUGCAUCAUCAUAUGGUGACUACAAUGGCAGUAUGGAGGGAGGAAUGGGUGAUUCAAAGGAGUCCUCAAAAGAAGAUUUUGAACCAGUUGACUGGAAUGUUCCCAUUGACAUCAAGAAAACAAACAAGGAAUACAUUGACAGAAGUGAAGAGUUGUGGCAAGCAAUAGAAAAGGCACGGUGGAGCUUUUGGGAGGACAUAAAGGAUGAUGAGUAAGGGAAGGGGACUCAUUUUUCCUUUUGCAAAAUCAGUAACUUGUAAAGUAAAAAAAAAAAAAAAAAAACUUGCUAUGGCCUUUUGUGAUGUGCCAGUUAUAUUAAUAAAUUUUUAAAUAUAAAGUGUAUGUAUAAGACCAAGGUACAAAGAAAUAAACCUGAAGUAUCUCA